AUGUCACGUUACUACGUCAAGCCAUUGUCAAUUCUGGCAUCAAAUAAAAUACAUCUGGUUCCAAAAAUGACUCCAAUCAGAUUAAUUGAGACAAUGGAGGAUAUUUCAUCAUGGAAGGAAAAGAAUUGUGAAUCUGCAAUUAAAUUGUUUGCACACUGUUCAACAAGAUUAGUUACUUUGCUCCCUGAAUUAAAAGUAUCAGAAAUGGCAAGAAUAUUAUUUAUGUACAAUAAAGCAGGGAUUGAAUCGGAAUUUAUUAUUCCAAAGAUUAAAAAUUUUAUUCUAAAAGAAUCAAACUCAUCGAAUCCUGAAGAAUUUCCAUUCUAUAAGUGCUGUGAAAAUGACCUGUUACUCCUUUAUAAGGGAUUUGAAACAAAUAAAGUGUUUGACCAUAAACUACACAACUUCAUAAUGGAACAUAUUAUUGGACAGAAAAAAUACAUGACCAACUCGGACAUUUGCUUGUUCUUGAAAUCACACUAUGGAUACCUUAAAGCAAACAAGGAUACAAAAGAUUCACUCACACACUACCUUCACCCAGAAUUUAUAAAUGAAGUCAUAGAUAGAUUUUUGAAUUCGCAUUUUUCCUGUACUCCGGAAGAAGUCACUUCAUUCAUUGAAAAUCUUGCCUUCAUUUCUGAGUUUUACGGAAUUAAAACUGAAACUGUUCCUUUGCUGAACGAAAUGUUUAAAAAGCUGUCCAAGGAGCCAGUCAAAUUCAAUAUUAACCAGAUACUGAGGAGGAAUGAAAUUAUGAUAUUAAAUCAAUGUUUGGAAGUCUUUUAUCAUUUAGAUGAAAUAAAAUACUGGAAUCCAAAGUUAAUGAAAGGGAUGUUGUAUUGUAUCGCAAAGGGAGUAAGGGAUGUAGAAGAUGCAAAGAAGGUAUUUGAAAUCAUAUCUGAGAAACUUAAAAUGAACAUUGAAGAUAAAAUGUUUGUAAGUAAAGAUAAGGAUGACACAAAUGCUGAAAUGAAAAAAAGAGAAUGUGUUAAUACAUCUCUAGAAGUAUCUUAG